CGUAUAGGAAACGGCAAAAAAAAAAAAAAAAAAAAAGAGGAAGGCUCGUGGGCACCGUGCGCGCGACUCUGGAGUUAAAGUCGCUCGCUCUCUACAGACGGCCCAUGAUUCUCGCGUGGAGGGAGGAAGAGCGGGGAGGAGGAAAAAGAGAAGACCGGGGAGUGAAAAGGCCUUCGGUUCUGCGGCCGCUGGCGCGUAGUUGGGCCUUCUCUGAGGAAGGUUUGCAGUGCGCCUGCGUAGAACGGGCCUUGCUCUCGCUUUAUUGCCUCGCUUCGUGGACCGCAGGGUUUUUGCCGCGACGCUGGCCUGUAACUUCAGCCUCUUUCCUGUUGCCUGAGCUGAAAGACUGACGGAUAGUGGCCCGGCCGAGCCCGCGCACGGGAAGAACUUCAAAGAAGCUUCUUCAUCGCUGCUUUUUUUUUUCCUCGCCUCCCCGCCGCCAGCACCACUGCUGCUUCCAGCGGCCAUGGGUCCGACAUCCCUGUUAUGGAGGCGGUACUGGCGGCGGCGGUGGCUGAGUGACUGAAAACCGAGUGCUGUUGGGGGAAAAGGCACCGGAGGCCACGGGGGUCUCUCUCUGGCGGUGUGUGGUGUCGUGCUGACGGUGUUUUUAACCCUUAGAUGGUCUCUAGCGAGCCGUUGUUGCUGCCUGUGUCACUGGAGGGCGAGUUCUCCAAUAGCAUGAAGGAGAUGAUCGGCGGCUGCUGCGUGUGCUCCGACGAGAGGGGCUGGGCCGAGAACCCGCUGGUUUACUGCGACGGGCAUGGCUGCAAUGUCGCAGUGCAUCAAGCAUGCUACGGAAUUGUGCAAGUACCCACUGGACCUUGGUUUUGUAGAAAAUGUGAAUCUCAGGAAAGAGCAGCCAGAGUGAAAUGUGAGUUGUGCCCCCACAAAGAUGGUGCUUUAAAGAGGACUGAUGGUGGGGGUUGGGCUCAUGUGGUUUGUGCUCUGUACAUUCCCGAGGUGCAGUUUGCAAAUGUUUCUACAAUGGAACCUAUCGUGUUGCAGUCUGUUCCUCAUGAUCGUUAUAAUAAGACAUGUUAUAUAUGUGAAGAGCAAGGCAGAGAGAGCAAAGCAGCUUCAGGUGCUUGCAUGACCUGUAAUAAACAUGGAUGUCGUCAAGCUUUCCAUGUUACAUGUGCACAGUUUGCAGGACUUCUUUGUGAAGAAGAAGGUAACGGUGCAGACAAUGUCCAAUACUGUGGUUAUUGUAAAUACCAUUUCAGUAAACUGAAAUAUAAAGAAAAGGAAAAGCAUAGACAAAAACAUAAGAAGCAAACAGAUUCUUCGCCAUGCUUGUUGGUUCCUUCCCUUACUGUAACUACAGAGAAAACUUACACAAGCACUACCAACAACUCUAUGACAGGGUCAUUGAAGAGGCUGGAAGAUACCACAGCUCGUUUUACAAAUGCAAAUUUCCAGGAAGUCUCUGCACAUGCUUCAAGUGGCAAAGAUGUUUCAGAGGCCAGAGGUUCAGAGAGCAAAGGGAAGAAGUCAGCAGGUCAUAAUUCAGGUCAAAGGGGAAGAAAGCCUGGUGCUGCCAGGACUCCUGGAACUGCAGUAUCAGCAGCUUGUACUUUUCAACAAGGAAAUUUUUUGGGAACUCCAAACAGUACAAAGUCAUCCUCUGGAAGUUCUGUUCAAUCUCCCCAGGAUUUUUUGAGCUUUACAGACUCAGAUCUACGUAAUGACAGCUAUAUUCAUUCUCAACAAACUUUGUCAACCAAAGAUGUAUAUAAAGGAGAGAUUGGAAGUCAGGAAGGUGGAUUGAAUUGCUUUACUUCCUUAAUUAAUCUUCCUUCAACCUCCACUGUUUCCUCCCAGCCUACUAUUUUUGACAGUUCACCUGGAGAGUUAGGUAGUUCAAACCUUACACCAACAGGAUACAAACGUGCUGAGUCAUCUGGGAUAGAAGACGAAACCAUAAAGGAAAAGAAACGAAAAGGAAAUAAGCAAUGUAAGCAUGGGCCUGGUCGGCCCAAAGGAAAUAAAAGUCAGGAGAAUGUUUCUCACCUAUCAGUUUGUUCAGCCUCCCCAACAUCAUCAGUAGCAUCUGCUGCAGGAAGCAUAACAAGCUCUAAUCUGCAGAAGUCUCCAACAUUGCUCAGAAAUGGAAGUCUACAAAGUCUCAGUGUGGGUUCCUCUCCUAUUGGUUCAGGCAUCUAUAGCAGUAAUGAAGUAGCAGUAUCUUUUCCAAAUGUAGUCUCUGGCUCAGGAUCUAGCACUCCUGUUUCCAGUUCACAUUUACCUCAACCAUCUUCUAGUCUUGUGCAGCAAGUGGGAACUUUGUCUUCUACAUCUUCUGUAGCUACAGCUGUUGCUGCAACUCAAGCAUUAGCUGGAUCUUCCUUUGGCCUUCCUCCCUCACAUGUCUAUGGCAAUAGAUUAAAUUCUAACUCAACAAUGGCAUCACAUACUACCCAAGCUGAAAACAUUCAGUUAGAUCAAGAUAUUGGAGACAAUAGCCGGAGCCUGGUUGGAAGGGGAGGUUCACCCAAAGGAAGUAUUUCACCACGGUCUCCUGUAAGUAACUUACAGAUUCGUUACGAUCAGUCUGGAAAUAGCAGUGUAGAACAUUUGCCUCCAACACCAUCUACUAUAGAACAACUUCUGGAGAGGCAGUGGAGUGAGGGGCAACAGUUCUUGCUGGAACAAGGAACCCCCAGUGACAUUUUAGGCAUGCUAAAAUCUUUACACCAGCUUCAAGUUGAAAAUCGCCACUUAGAAGAACAGAUUAAAAAUCUAACUGCUAAAAAGGAGCGCCUCCAGCUCUUAAACGCCCAGCUUUCAGUUCCUUUCCCAACAAUAACCAACUCAAGUUCUUCUUAUCAAAUGGCUACAUUUUCAGCACAGACUGCUGUUAGCUCUGAUUCUCUGAACAGCAGCAAAAGCCCUAACCUGGGAAGCAGUUUUCUACCUGAGAACUCCCUUCCUGUAUUAAAUCAGGAAGUACAUUCCAGUGGACAAAGCACAAGCAGUUCCUCUGCUCUUUCCACUCCACCACCUGCUGGGCAAAGUCCAGCUCAGCAAGGCCCAGGAGUUGGAGGAGUUCAACAGGUCAAUGGUGUGACAGUGGGGGCACUUGCCAGUGGAAUGCAAACUGUAACGUCCAACAUUCCCACAGUGGGUGGAAUAAUUGGAACUCUGCCAGGUAACCAGCUGGCAAUCAAUGGAAUCGUUGGGGCUUUAAAUGGAGUAAUUCAGACUUCUGCUACAAUAUCACAGAAUCCUUCUCCUCUAGCUCACACAGCUGUGCCACCAAAUGCAGUGCAUCCUCUGCCAACCACACUCAGUAACAGAACUUCUGGACUUGGAUUUCUUCCUGACCAGCAGAGACAACUGCUGCUACAUCAACAGCAGCAGCAAUUUCACCACUUACUAAAUACUCAACAAUUCACAUCAGAACAGCAUCAGGCUCUUCUGUAUCAACUAGUGCAACAGCAUCAACCCGAAGUACAGCAACUGCAGCUUUCAGGAGCUACACAGAUUCCCAUUAAUAACUUGCUGGCAGUCUCUCAGGCGUCUCCGCUUCACACAGCUGCUACUAACCCAUUCCUUGCAGUUCAUGGGGAUAAUGCAGCUCCAAAAGUCUCUAGGCUUAGUGAUAAAAGUGGAUCCCUUGCACCGGAAAAAAAUUAACACUUGGAAGUGUAUGUAAAAUUGCAAAUCCUGCUGAUAGCACUUCAUCUGGCUGCACUCUCUCUCUGCAGGUAUGAUGAGACACAUCAAUGAGCUAACUGCACACUGGAAAAGUGAAUCUACCUGAAGUUGUUUAUUGUAAAAUUUGACCUUUUGUUGCAUUGUGUUGCACUGAAACUGAACAGUUUCCAUCAAAUUGCCUGGAAGUUUGGAUUUCAGAUUAGAGCACUGUCAGUUCAGGCAACUGAUCGGAAUUCAGUUGCUGACUUUACACAAACUGCAGUGCUAAAAAUCAGAUAUUUAGUUCCAUCACUUCUUUGAAGCAAGCAAAGAAAAUAGGAAAAUUUUGCCAAUGACAUGGUGAUUUGUCAUCAGUGUUUUAGAAGCACCAUCUUUUUCUUCAGAAAAAUAACAGGUUUUAAGUCAUUUAUUUUGUCUUACUAGUUUUUAAAAUGUUUUGCUAGAAUGAAACUUUUAAGAAAAGACAAGUAA